AUGGCUCUCUUCCCACGUCUCCCUUCCACAUUCGGGCCCUACCGCUCCGACUUGGGGCCAUUUUUCAAUCUCUUCAACGACACCUUCUCUGAGCUCCAGAAGCUGUCUGAUACCGCAUCCCGCACCUUUGCGCCCAAGUUCGACGUCAAGGAAGCCAAAGACAGCUACAUCCUCGAGGGCGAACUGCCUGGGAUCGACCAAAAGGACGUCGUCAUCGAGUUUGCCGACGACCAGACUCUUACCGUUAAGGGCAGGACCGAGAGUUUCAGAGAGGAGGACGCCAAACCCGGCGCAGCCAAUGGCGAGGGCAAGAAAGAAGAAGCUGCGGCUGGUAGCAAAGAGGUAGCCACCACUGGCCCCAAGGAAGUUGCUAAGGCCGAGCCGCAACACACCUACUGGGUCUCAGAGCGCAGCGUUGGUGAAUUCGCCCGCUCCUUCUCCUUCCCCAACCCCGUCGACCACGAGAAUGUCAAGGCUAGCAUGAAGAACGGAAUCCUGAACAUCGUCGUUCCUAAGAUGCAAAAGGCGAAGACCUCGAAGAGAAUCGAAAUCAACCAGGAGUAA